ACCGCUCGGCCAUUUGCCGGCCACCACGCGUCUGCCGCUCCCUGGACUCGGACUCCGCUCGUAUCGGUUGAGAGAGAGAGAGAGAGAGAGCAGAGAAGACAGGGAGGGGGGAAGAGGCCGUCUGCGAAUUUGAGGAUUUUCCUCUCCCUCUCUCUCUUUUGUUCGUAGCCGUCUGGAUAUGCUACCGCUGGCACUCGGGAGAUAGCACGAAUCGGGCGCGGCCGCCGCUACCUGAGCUGGAGUGGAGGAGGAUGUUUGAUUGCAACGGCGAAUCCCAGCAGCAGGUAGGGGAUGGAAUCUGGGCUGAACUCAGGGAGAAUGAAGACCAUAUAACACCUUGCCCCAAGGAUACGAAGGAUAGUAGAUCAAUCUGUGUUCGAGACCAGAAGAAGAAUGAUGAUGAAGCAGCUAGUGUUGUGGGCCUUACUGAAUGUACUUCAGGGGGUCAAACUGAACAUCCUGGUUUGGAAAAGCAGGCUGCCACUGAGGCUAGUGGACAUUAUUCAGCUGCACAACAUGACAUAGAAUCCUUGCCUGACCUGCCUCUCCUGAGCACUACAUUUGACAGAAACUACAAUGACGAUAAUAUAGCAUCAACAUAUUUGGAUUUCAAUUCUGCAUCUAGUUUACAAAAAGUUACCAGAAGCGUGUCAGUGCAGCUGGAUGGUGAACCUGAAGUGUUUGGCAACGAGCAUGAAGAAAAGAGCAACAACUUUCUCGACUGUGACUGGGGCAAUAUUGGAGAUUUUGAUGAUUUUGACUACUUGUUUAGCAACACUGAAGCCUUAUUUGGAAAUGAGAUGAUUUUUAAUGGCAGUGAUUUCCUUGUUACGAGUUCAGAUGUGGUUGACGGUACUGUACAAUCAAUCCCCUUUCCGCGUGUACCAUUAAAUAAGCAACCAUCUUCUGAUUGUGGAUCUUCUUCGGUUCUGAUUAAUUGUAUUCCCAGUAAAAUAGCCAAACAAGAAAUCAAGGGAGAUGUAGAGAAGAGACCAAUGAAAUCACAAAGAAAACCAGAUGAAGGAAGCAAAAGUAAAACAUCCAACAAUACAAGUGGUUUCUCCCAGAAGCAAGGACACCAGCAACCAGACAGUUUGCAUUCAUUGUCCGAACCUCCUGUCCAGCAUUUUCAGACUCGUCAAUAUGCACUACUCCACGAUAGCAAGAAUAUGGAGCUAUUUCAAGAUGCUAUUCAGCUUGUAUUCCCUGGCUAUGGAUAUCCUGCAUAUCUGUGUCCUACCAUUCCGGCGGUGUCAAAUAUUCAGGCUGAAGGCCAUCAGACAAACCCAAAGGCUGCAUGUUACCAAACUUCAGUAGAUCCUCUGAAGCAAUCAAGUUCCACAGAAAAGCCACAAGAUAUGCCAUCAAGGGCACUGAUGAUGACACCCCAGGAAAAGAUUGAAAAGCUUAGGCUCCGGCAACAACAACAUGCCCUGAGAGCUAUUCAACAACAGCAGCAGCAAUUUCGUCAAGAGGGUUCGGGCAGGGACACUUUGGUACCUCGAGCAUACUCCCGAAGGAAGAAGAACUCAGAUUCAUUAGGGAGUUCAGGUAUCAUAGACGAAAAUGCACCAGAGCAGACUUCAGCUUGUCGUAAAGAGAUUCAUAAGAAUUCUGGAAUUCCUGAUGAUCCCUUUAUAGAGGAAAAAAUAUAUUAUGAGCUUAAAGAUGCCCUUGGGAAGCUGGAUGCCAGAACUCGACUCUGCAUUCGAGACAGUCUGCUUCGAUUGGCUCAUAGUUCCUCACAGAGACAAAUUGCUGGUGACAGAACUAGCAGUAACAAGACUAAAAGAGAUGAAGAUGAAGUUUCAGAAAAUGACGCAUCCAACAGGAGAAAAAGAUCUCUGGUGAAGGAAGCAGAAACAGACACCAAUCCAGUUGAUCGAAUUGUAGCCCAUUUGCUGUUUCAUAGACCAUGUUCGACGGUUGCAACACUUGCAAAGGAAGAAAUCGCAUCCUCGACUCUGAUGUCACUUGAAGCUGAUUCCAAGAUGCCUGGGGCCAUGCCUGGGCGACCAUCAGGAGAUCAACAGACUGCGCAGGAAAUGGCAAUUCAGCCUUCAGUGUAACGGAUGUGUAUUCAGAGUUUACUCAAAUGAUAGUAAAAUAGGAAUUCUGUAUUUGCAUUUUGAUACGCCCAUUUCCCCUGGAUGGUUGGUUUUUCUCCAUAGAGUACGCAGAUGGAGACCAACGUGACAUCCGAAUGGUACCCUACUUCUAUAGACAGCGGCCGCAGCGUCCCGCAGGUCUUUGUAUUGUAUUUUAUAGCACGUUUGCCGUUUUCAGGCUUUUUGACCCCUUUGCAUCAGAUCCAGCAAGAAUUGCAUGCACUAGACCAAUGUGGACUUGUCGACAUGAGAGUGAGACUGGAAUCGUGUAUAGAGCUCUAAGACAGCUGCUCUGUACUUAUUUUUGGGGGUAAAAUACGCCCGCGCUAAAGUUCACUUAUGUCAUUGUA